CAUCAUGGAUACUGGCCUCUGUACUAUCCAAGACAUCUUCAAGGAGCGGUGCCUUCGGAAGGCAGCGUCCAUCAUUAAGGACCUCCAGCACCCAGGACAUACCCUCUUCUCACUGUUACCAUCAGCCUUUACAGAGGUUAAGGGCCUGACACCGCCAUGAAGAUAUUUGCUGCUGCUUUGGUACUUUUGCUGGUUAAAGGAUUACAGGGUGCCGCCAUUCCCGCGGAAGAGUCCAAGCCCAACAAAUCAACAAGCUGGCAGCAGCCUCUUUGGGACUUGUUCAAAAUAGGACAUGAGGUUGCCAGUGCUGCUGUUGAAAUGUUAUCCCAGUCUGAAUUGGCCAAAACAGCUGUAGGAAAGCUCUCAAACAGUACAGAACAUUUUGAUACCCUACUUGAAACAUCAAUAAAAGAUCUGUACAAUUUGUCAAAGGAACUCGAGUGGAAAGGAAUCCCUAUCACUCAACAUAUUAUGGAGCAGGGUAAGCUGCUCCAAGACAAGCUGUAUGCUGCUGGUUCUCAGGUCCAGGAGGUCAUUGGCAAUGAAACGUACAACACAAUCCAUGAGAAGUUAGAGUCGAUCCACAAUGACGUUCAACAAUACCGCCAAAACCUGAGCCUCAUAACAAGCCAAUUCAAUCAGACACUUGAGGACACCACCCAACAAGUGGAUGAAUGGCACAGAAGAGUCGCCCUUUACACUGAGCCACUGCGUGAAAAGUUCAGUGUCCGCAUUGAAGAAAUGAAGCAAUACCUUUCACCCAUCAUUCACGAGACCAAGGAGAGACUGAAGACAUUUGACGACCUUGUUGCAAAAUGGAAAGAGGCACCAACUGAUAAAGCUUAA